AUGGGACGCAAGAGCUACGGACCUGUGUUGAACUACUUCAAACACGUCCCUGACGACCUCGUCGUCACCUCCACGCCCGGCCUCAUCAUCUCCGCUCUCGGCACGGUUGUGCUGAUCACCCUCUUCCUCUUUGAGCUCUCGGCGUAUCUCACAGUCACCUCGACCACCGACCUUGUCGUCGACGAGCUUGUCGACGAGACGCUGCGAGUCAACUUCAACGUCACGCUGCACCAGGUGCCGUGCGAGUUCCUCUCGGACAUCCUCAAGUGGCGGCUCGACUCGAACCAGCGAGUCGUGCGGGACGCGGCGGCGGUGAGCGCGGUGGAGACGAGGGAUGCGAAGCGGGCGGCGGACGCUGCCAUGUCCAAGGAGCCGGUCUCGCCGUCGUACGGCGACGAGGAUGAGGAGGAGCCGCCCGACACGGACCUCUCGCAGCCGCUGUCGCCGGACACGUUCGUCCCCUUCCUGCAGCAGCACGAGCUCAGCCUGGUCAACUUUUACGCGCCCUGGUGCAUCUGGUGCCAGCGGCUCGAGCCUGUCUACCUCGAGGCGGCCGCAAAGGAGUUUGAGCUCUUCACCGACGAGCGGUCGGUGGGCGCCAUCCUCGGCUUUGUGCGCAAGCAGAUGGCCUUCUCCUGCCGCUCCUCGCACGCCAUGCCCAUCGUGGCUGCGAACACCUUCUGCGGCAACAACGAGGAGUGCAUCGGCUUCACGUACGCCGCGGAGGAGAUGCCUGCCAAGGACGCCAAGCCGGACCCAGCGGCAGGGCGGGCGAGGCGCAGGUCAACGCAGAACAAGCAGAGGACCUCCUACCCCAGACUCAAGAGCCACCACACCAGCCGCUGCAUGGUCGCCGGCCACCUCCGCGUGCGCAAGGUGCCGGGAGUGCUCAAGCUCGUCCUCCACUCACCGGAGCACGACCAUGAGCACGCGCUCAUCAACUCGUCGCACGCCGUCAACGAGUUUUGGGCGUGUGCAGACGGCUCGCUCUGCUGCGAGCAGGUGAUCGGCAUCAUCGAGGCUGUGCUGCACACCGCCACGGAGAGCUUCCUCAAGAAGCAAAUGUAG